AUGGAUAAAGGAGGCCGAAAUAUGUAUACUAUAGAUAUAAGGAAUAUGCCGGAGUAUUUUUCACUUCUAAAUGAAACAGAUAAGGCGGAAUACGCUCAGCUACAGAAAUCUCUUGAGAUCUCGCAAAAUCGAAGCUCAAGAAAUAAAAAGACGACUGAUCUCAUGUUAGCCAUUGAUGAGAUCAAACAUUACUGCUUGCGUGGCGACUCUGAUGACUGUAAGCGAUGCAUCGUGUGCGGAACAUGCUGGCUAUCAACUGGUCUUGCAGUUAAUAUCAAGCAGCUUCAAUGUCUUAUACAGAAAUGUAAGUCUUCGAUCAAUACCACAUUACGCAAAAUGGGAUACGAGCUCACUAACCCUCGUGGAGAUGUCUCCGAUGAACUUGCAGAAUAUCUCCCAAUGUUCCGCGGUAAACAGUCUGAGCUUCGUAAGUGGUCAAUUAGAACUCCACCAAAUUGGUGUGGAAAAAUCUAUUCAAAUAAAAAUUCAAAUGAAAAUGUGAUUAAUCAAGCUUCUGAACAUUCUAGUCCAUUAAGUCCAUCUCAAGAGAGUUCUUUCGAACAAACUUCUACUGAGCAGCUUCGUUCUCCUCCCGAAGAGCCAGUGUUAACGUGGGAGUACACUCCUAACGAUGAUAUUAGUGCUUGGAACUUUUGUGAUUGCGUUUUUGACAACCAAAUCUCUGAGCAAACCAUGUAUAAUAUUUUCGAUUCAGAUAAUGAUAUGUACCUUUGA